CAAUAAAUUAGUGGAAUGGCUAUGACAAAAAAUAACUCUUCUCAUUUAAGAGAAUGUCAGUUAAAUGACUUAAACAUUUUCUUGUUUGUUUUUUUUUUCUUUAAUUUUCAGAAAGGACUUACACCAGCUGCCCCAGUUCAUGCCAACAGAGAAGAUGCAGCUACCCAGACGAAUCUGGGAUUUAUCCAUGCGUUUGUCGCUGCCAUAUCAGUCAUCAUAGUGUCUGAACUCGGCGACAAGACAUUUUUCAUAGCAGCCAUCAUGGCGAUGCGUUAUAACCGGCUGACUGUGCUGGCUGGUGCCAUGCUUGCCUUGGCCUUGAUGACAUGCUUGUCGGUUUUGUUCGGCUAUGCCACAACGGUCAUCCCCAGGGUGUAUACCUACUAUGUUUCAACUGCACUCUUUGCCAUUUUUGGCAUUAGAAUGCUUCGGGAAGGUUUGAAGAUGAGCCCAGAUGAGGGUCAGGAGGAACUGGAAGAAGUUCAGGCAGAGUUAAAGAAGAAGGAUGAAGAAUUCCAGCGAACCAAACUCUUAAAUGGACCAGAUGUUGAAACUGGUACAAGCACAACAAUACCUCAGAAAAAGUGGUUGCAUUUUAUUUCACCCAUUUUUGUUCAAGCUCUCACUUUAACAUUCUUGGCAGAAUGGGGAGAUCGCUCUCAACUCACUACCAUUGUUCUGGCAGCUAGAGAGGAUCCCUAUGGUGUAGCAGUGGGUGGAACAGUGGGACACUGUUUAUGCACUGGAUUGGCAGUAAUUGGAGGAAGGAUGAUAGCACAAAAAAUAUCUGUUAGAACAGUGACAAUCAUAGGAGGCAUCGUUUUUCUGGCGUUUGCAUUUUCUGCACUAUUUAUAAGUCCAGACUCUGGUUUUUAAAAAGCUGUUCAUCUGUAUUCAGCUUAAGAUAUGCAACUUUCUGUACAUAGUGUACAUUACAACUAAAAGUAAUGGAAAACACUGUAUUUUGUAGUAUUAAUUUUUAAGUUUGACUCAUUUAAUGAAGUAUUAUGUCCAAAAGAGAUAAUCAUUGAUUCUAGUUGUAAAAAAAUUUAGAAGUCUGACUUCUAAGUGUGGGUUUUUCCUCUGGCCUAAUUAUGUUAACACCUCAGCCCUUAGGUCUGUUCUGAUACAUGUGUCCAGUGCAGUGAGAUUGACCACUUGAGUUUUCUUGCAGCAUGACCCUUUUAUAAAUAGUUUCUCCUUGGACACUGGGGUGUUUAUAUAUAUGUAUAUCUUAAACAUUUCCUUGGGGGAAAGAAUGAAAUAUUUCUACUUUUAAAACCAUAUUCCUGAGCCAGUAAAGUAAUCAGUAGUUUUGUCCUUCGGGAAUUAGGAUUAAAGAGAGAAAUAAGGUUUACUGUUGUAUCAAUAACAUGCCCUAAGACUUGUUGGCUAGGCCCAUUCUCCCUCUUAUUUUUUUUUAAUUGGGUAAGAUACCCAAUAUAAAAAUAGUCAAUAUUUGACAACAUGGGCUUACCAAGUUAAAAGAAUACUAUGAAUGUAUUCCUAUUUUUUCUAUACUGAAUAAACAAUGUAACAGAUACAAUGUAAAUAAAAGUGGUAUGACUAGUA